AUGUCCUCAUUUGAUAACGACAUCCCAGGAAUACUUGCAACUUUACGUUCAGAAGCAGAUCCAAAUUUAUCACCAUUAUUUUAUACUUUUGAAGAUUUAUAUCAACGUAAAUUAUGGCAUCAAUUAACUGAAUCAUUAGAUAUUUUUUAUAAAAACCCAUUAUCAAAUAAAAUUAAAUUAAGAUUAUAUAAUAAUUUUAUUUCAAAUUUUAAAACCAAUAUAAAUCAAUUAAAAUUAGUUCAAUUUUUAUUAUUAUCAAUUAAUAAUUUAGAAAAUUCAAAUGAAUCUUUGGAAUAUUUAACUUCAUUACAAAAAGAUUUAGAAUCUCAAGAUAAUGUUGAUAAAGAACAAGCUUUAAUUUUCAUUAAUAUAGAAAUUGCAAGAUUAAAUUUAAGAUUAGGUAAAGAAAUUGAAGCAAGAGAAUUUUUAGAUGAUAUUACCUCGAAAUUAGAUAAAUUUGAUUCAAUUGAUUUAAAAAUUAAUCAAUCAUUUUUUUCAACAAAUUCAGAAUAUUUUAAAAUUAAAUCAGAUUAUAAUAAUUUUUAUUAUCAAAGUUUAUUAUAUUUAUCAACUUUACAAAUUAAUGAAGAUUUAACUUUAGUUGAACAACAAAAAUUAGCUUAUGAAUUAAGUAUUAGUGCAUUAUUAGCUGAUAAAAUUUAUAAUUUUGGUGAAUUAUUAACACAUCCAAUUUUGAAAACACUUGAAAAUGGUUCAUAUCAAUGGAUUAUUGAAUUAUUAUAUGCAUUAAAUAGUGGUUCAAUUAAUUCUUUUUCCAAAAUCCUAGUUAAUUUAGAAAAAGUUCCAAUUUUGAAAAAUUCAGAAUCUUUUUUGAGACAAAAAAUUUGUUUAAUGACAUUAGUUGAAUUAGUUUUCAGUAAAUCUAUAAGAACUAUAACAUUUGAAGAAGUUUCAAAAGUUACAUAUUUACAAAUUGAUGAAGUUGAACAUUUAGUUAUGAGAGCUUUAAGUUUAGGUUUAUUAAAAGGUUCAAUUGAUCAAAUUAAUCAAUCAAUUUCAAUAAAUUGGGUUCAACCAAGAAUUAUUAAUAAAGAACAAAUUGAAAAUAUGAAACAAAGAUUAAUUAAUUGGGAUGAAAACGUUGUUAAAUUAGGUAAAUUUAUGGAAACAAAUGGUAAAGAAAUUUGGAUUCAAUAG